UAGUACUUACAGAAUCACGAAUCUCAGUAUUUCAAAAACUUGUCGUGAGUUAAGAAGCUUCCAUUUCAUAUCAAUGUCGUUUUCGAAGGCUAGGUACGUUAUUGUCUCUCUAUUCAUUCCCAAUUUUCAACUUCAAAACCCUAAUAAAUUCAUUCCAUGCUUCCUUUCAAGGCGUCUAUACUCUCAAUUCCAUGACAAUCUCGUUUCCUCAUUCAAUUUCAUGCUCAAUCAGAAUCCCACUCCAUCCAUCAUCGAAUUUUCCAAGAUUUUAGGUUCCCUUGUCAAAGCCAAUCAUUACUCCACUGUUGUUUCACUUCAUCGAAUGUUGGAAUUCAACACCGGAAUUAAGUCUAAUUUAGUCACUUUGAAUAUCUUGAUUAAUUGCUUUUGUCAAUUGGGUUAUAACUCUCUUUCAUUUUCUGUAUUUGCAAACAUUCUCAAGAAGGGUUAUCAGCCAAGUGUUGUAACUUUGACUACACUCAUGAAGGGUCACUGUCUCAAAGGUGAGCUCCAUGAAGCAUUGCACUUUCAUGACAAGGUGGUAGCACAGGGAUUUCAUUUGGAUCAAGUUUGUUAUGGGAUAUUGAUUAAUGGGUUAUGCAAGGCUGGACAAACAAGAGCAGCCUUGCAGUUGCUGAGACGAGUUGAUGGGAAGUUGGUUCGGCCUGACGCGGUAAUGUACACUACAAUCAUUGAUGGUCUGUGUAAAGAUAGACUUGUUAAGGAGGCUUUUGAUUUAUAUUCUGAAAUGCUUGCUAAGAGGAUUUAUCCUACUGUUGUCACUUAUAAUACUUUAAUUUGUGGCUUAUGCGUUAUGGGUCAAUUGAAAGAUGCAAUUGGUUUGUUCAAUAAGAUUAUAUUGGAAAACAUGGACCCUGAUGUGUAUACGUUUAAUAUUUUGGUUGAUGCGUUUUGUAAGGAAGGAAAGUUGAAAGAAGGUAAGGAAGUGUUGGCUGCGAUGAUGAGAAAGGGCGUCCGGCCUGAUGUUUUUACUUUUAACUCUUUAAUGGAUGGAUAUUGUUUGGUAAAUGAUGUAUGGAAGGCCAAUGAUAUGUUCAAAGGUAUGGCCCAAAUGGGCGUGACUUCUAAUGUUUACAGCUACACCGUCAUGAUUAAUGGAUUUCGUAAGAUUAAAAUGGUUGAUGAAGCCAUGAAUCUCUUUCAAGAAAUGCAUCACAAAAAUAUUAUUCCUAAUACAAUAACCUACAAUUCUCUUAUUGAUGGUUUGUGCAAGAUUGGGAGAAUAUCAUAUGCUUUAGAGCUUGUCAAUGAGAUGCAGGAUAGAUGUCAACCACCUAGUAUAGUUACGUACAAUUCUAUAUUGGAUGCUUUAUGCAAAAAUAAUCAUCUUGACAAGGCAAUUGCGUUACUAACAAAAAUUAAAGAGAAGGGUAUUCAACUAGAUAUGGUCUCAUAUAAUAUUCUUAUUAAUGGACUAUGCAAAGGUGGAAGACUAGAGGAUGCACAAAAAGUUUUUGAAGAUCUUUUGGUCAAAGGAUACACUCUAGACGUCUAUACUUAUAACACUAUGAUCAAUGGAUUUUGCAACAAGGGCUUGUUUGAUGAAGCAUUGACCACACUGGCAAAAAUGAAAAACAAGGGUUGUAUUCCAGAUCCUAUAACUUACGAAAUACUUAUUGCUUCUCUCUUUGAAGAAAAUGAAAAUGACAAAGCAGAGAAACUUCUUAGAGAAAUGAUUACGAGAGGUCUACUGUAAUGCCGAAUAUAUCUUCUUGAUGUGUAUGUUCAAGUUCAUUAAGAUGGCAAAAAACGUUUCUCUAUCAUCUGCUUCCUCAUUGCUGCUAACCUGCCACAUCAUGAAUGAAUUCAAAGAAUGAGAGGUUUCAAUUUUGAAAACUUACUGAUAAUUUCACCCUGCUUUACAUUAGAAUAGACAUCCUUUACUAAUCUUAAUUUUCUUAGUUCUCACAUCCGGUAUACUUAAAGAUGCCGAAAGAAAAAGAAAAAAAAAACAAUCCGAGGUUGUCACAUAUCUUAGCAAAGUUUCUCAUCAAUACCUUUGAUAUCUACCUUAUCAUCAACCACUAUCUUUUUCACAAGGGAACUUGAUGCUCUAGUUUUUUGAGGUUUAGUUCAUGGGUUUUCAAUGCAAGAAAUAAUUCAGGUUAAUUCAUGGGUUUUCAUUGCAAUUUCAUGAUUGAAUAUGUACUUAAGUUGUAAAUACUAUUGAGAAUUAGAAGUAAACUAGUGGCACUAGAGCGCAAGGAUGCAUGGAAAAUCUGUUUUGCUGCAUAAUUUCUUGAUCAAUGAUAAUAAUUGAAAUUAUUAAGAGGUAGUUUAGUAGAAGAAUGGUUUGAAAAACAUUGCACACGACAUGCACAAGCUUGAAACUCCAAAACCUUGUAAACAACAUACACAAGCUUGGAGUUUAAUUGAAACACGCUAAAAAUGACUUAGUGUGUUUGUAUGGCUAAAUUAAAAUGCUGCAUAAUGUGUUACAAAGGUCCCAGUACAGCUUCAUAAUCUACUUAUUAUGCAUCGGAACGAAGUAUUGACUAUUGGAAUAUGGUUUAGAAUUUAGAACUUGCAUGCUUGUAAGAAGCUUGAUUAUAUUUUCUGUAAAAUUGCUGAUUUUGAUGUUUAAUUAGAUUCUUGGAAGAAUUAUUUGACAUGAUUAAAAUUUUGCUUAAACGAAGUAUGUCUUUUUAAUACAUGUGGUUUUAAGUCAUAAACACAGUGUACAUAUGCAUUCAGUGCUCUUAAAAUUUAAGUGCAUGAUAAGCUAUUGAGUGUGAUAUUGAAGGUCGUGGAUCUCAAGGGCUCAUGGUAGAUGCUAUUUAUCAGUUAACUCCGCAUCAGCUUCAUGGACAGGUGGUGUUCGCCCAUCAAGAUUAUAUUCGCAUCAGCAUGAUUGACAUGUGGUGUUUGCCCAUCAAGACCAUAUUGGCAUUGUGGCUUGCUUUGGUGGUAUAGCUAUUUCAGUAUGGCUAUAAAUGAAUGAUGCAUUGCUGUGUAUGUUUAGAAAAAAGCAACAUAUGUUGAGGGGUAAGUGUAGCAUAGUAGUAAAAUGUGAAAUUUAGUGAAAGAAGCAUUGUGUAUAUUAGACUGAGAGUUCUUGGCUUAUCUUGAGCCUGACUCAUGUUUUAUGAAUGAUUUUGCUUAUUCAAAAAAGUAAAGACUAGUUCAUCAGGGCAAUUUAUCAUCUUUUCCUUUUAAAAUCGCAAGUUAACUAGUAUGGCCUAAACUUCCUCAAGUGCUUGUAUAAAAUGGUGACACUGUGCUAAGGCCUUUCAGAAAAGGGGAUUUGAUGUUGUGUUGGGUCCUGUAAAACAACUAGUACUAUGAGAUUGUGUCUGAUAUGUUAUAUAGGACCACCAGGCCAAAGAGAUUAUAAUGUUCUAUUUAAAAUUUCUAGUUAAUUGUUGAUGUACUUUUCUAAUACUUUGCUUCCAUGAAAUAAUAGUUUAACAAUUUUCUACUGUCAGAAUGCAUGUAUUUUUUCUGCUUUUUCUUCACCUGAUUACUUAAUUAAUUAUUGUAGAGUAUGAGUUGCUAUUAACAAAUAGCUACAACAUAAGGAUAAAACAAAAUAAAAAGACAAGAACAUGAAAAGUAAAGAGUACCUCAAAUCAGAAAGACAAGAAUGUGCAUGGAUCUAUGAAAUAGCAUCAUGUAUUCAAAUAUAAAAACUGAGUUUGUCGAACAUGUCAAACACUUUGAGACGGUUUGUGUUUAUAUUUUUUUAUUGGUUAAAUAUGUGAAUGAAACAUGGUUGUCACAUUAUAAAUAAAGGUUUGUUUUUCUUUGAAUUAAAAGAGUCAUUUAGGAACACAUUAAACAGGUACACGAAACAUUACUUAAUAUUUUUAGUAAGUAGGACUCAAAAAUUCGAUAAAGUUACCUAAUAUUUUUAGUAGGGUAACAAAGGAGGACCCAAAAAUUAAUUAAUCAUAACUGUUUCCGUUAUAUCAUGCAACGCCACUUGUUAUUAAGCUUAACUAAAGUACAAAAGAAUGUGGUUCUUAGUUCUUACGUGUUACUAAAGUAUAACCAGAAAAAUAAACAUUGACUAAUGGAUAAUGCUUCGUGCUGGAAUCACAUCCAUAACAAGAGGUGUACUUAUUUUUCCAUUUUUAUAAAUAUUAUGUGUGACAUUAAAUAAUUAACACCACAAUUUUUCCCUCAAAUUUCUAAGAACAAAAAUUUAUAGUCCUCUACC